GGGGGUCCUAAUAAGAGACGACUUCCUUCUUGAGCUCCUCUAGCGCUGUGACUGCAGGGCGGAUGCUGCGAGUGGUCCUAAUACAGCGCAUCCCCGCGAUGACGAAUAAUGGCAAAUUAAGGCCUCUUAAAACUCGCCCUUUUAUAUGGAAAUUUGAAGUGUCAGUUUUUGUUAAGCAGAUGUGCAUUAUACUGAGAUAGAGCUAGUAAGAGAAAGUUAAUCAUUAGAUGGGAUGCCAUGGAGGGUCUAGGUCACAACAAUGUGUCGGAUACUGCGGCAAAAAAUGGCACCAACAUUAUCGUGCGGGAUGAGGUGAAAAUCGAGACGGUCAUCAUCAUUCUGUGGGUGGCUGGAGGGGUGUUGCUUCUGACCCUGCUGAUUCUGCUAGUCUGUAUCCUAAGGAACAACAAAAAGACUGGGGCACAGUGUGGGACUGGGUCACACAUGUUACGGAUAGAUCCAAGGCGUGCCAAUCCUAGGGACGGGCGAUUGAAUCAUGGGUAUUCCAACUACGACGAGAUUUGGACGUGGAUACCCAUAAUCCGCGGAACGGAAGGCGAUUGCUCGAGGUCAACCGUGUACGCUACCCCCUCCAGUAACGAUCUCCAGCCUCCGUCCUACAACGAGGUCGUAGGGUCGUCUGCUCCUCGUCCAGCGGCAGCUAGUUCACAGUCUGUUGUGAGGCAACCAGGAAUGACAGCGACGCAUCCUCAUAACCCGGUUAGUAUUUCUAUUUCUGCGACAUUACCCCCUGUCCCAACCGCUUCUACAAGAGAGGUAGUUGUAGGUCAAACUCAAGAAGAGCCAAGUUUGCAGAAUACAUGUCAUUCUGUUACUGUAAGAAAUCCUCAGGCUGCUGUGCGCGGUGCUGACUCAGAUCAAAAUGCCGCAUCCAGCAGCACUGAACAUCGUCGCAACACUGAUAAUCGAAAUCAAAUACAACAGGACUCACAAUCUGUAAGAGGUCGUCUGCAAGACAACGAUUUUGACAGAAACAAUACGACACGGCAAAACGUUCGAGCCAGAAACUAUAAUUCCCCAUACUUGGCACGUGCAAGGAAUCAAACUGGAACAAACGCCAGUGCUUCACGUGCGACCGACAUCGAAGAUGAUUAUCGUGAUGUGAUUUAUCAUCCAGAUCAAGGACUUUACUCUUUUACUACGAGUGAAGGCGGACGGAGAGCCUGGUGUGAUAUUCCACCUAGCCUCCUUAACGAGGACGGACCCCCGCCUUACACCCCAGCACCCGACUACCCUGGCAGACACCAUAACACAAGACGAACCUCGUACAGAGCGGCGGUGAACGAGGUCUCUCCCCGAUAUUCCAGGAGGAGUCAUAGACGCCCCAACGACAGAUCAGAAAUCCCUCCAGCGGAUUAUCCAAUAUCGGAUCAAGAUUGUUCUAACCGUCAAACUGAACAAGUCUGGGGCAAUAUUUCUGCUCCUAUUGUGAGGUGUGACUAUGAUUAUUUCUAACUUCAACAUUCACCAAAACGAUGUGAUUGACGUGCCAAAUCCCACCAAGCGUUAGCCUUGAGGCAAGGACCUUCACAAAAACAGUCCGAAAGCGAUGUGUUACUAUAUUUAGUGCUGAAAUAGGUGCGCUAUGUUCGAUUUGAUUUUCCAGAUCUAAUUCAGUGCGCACGAAACGUCUAUUUCAAAACACUGCUCCGCCAUUGCGAUGUGAAAUCUAGUCAGUAUUAUGUAUCAUCAGUAUUCAUUGUAUGUAAUAGUGAACUGUAAUCAGUAUUUAUGAUGUAUAUAGAUAUAACUAAUCAGUAUUUAUUGCAAUUCAAAUACAUGUACAUGAUGCGAUUAAUAUAUAUAUUUUUAUACCACGCCGCAAGUCGGGUGAUUUGGGUAGCUUUGCCAUAUUUACCCGAGUCUCUAAAGACACAAACAAGUUUGUAAAUGACGCCAUUUAACCGUGUCUUGUUGGCUGUUUGUGAGAUAAUGUAGAUUAAGUGUAUUUUCUUCAAAAGAGAUGAUCGAUUCAUACUGUAUAAAAGUUACGCUCAGAAAAAAAUAUUUGUAAUCAUAAUCUUUUCAUACUAAUAAUCUUUUAAUGAUUGUGUAAUGUGACAUUUUUUUUUAUAGUUUGCCUGUAUAAUUACAUGUACAAUUAUGUGUUCAAAGGACAAGUUUAACUACACAUUAAAAUCUCAAAGCCGGUAUCUUGCAAAGGAAAAAAAAACCCGUCUUCCAAUAUGUGUGAAUAUAACAAUUAAAUCAAAUGUUCAAAUUUU